AUGCAACCUCUUUCACCUUGUGUGAUAACAAGUCAAUUAGGAUUUGGUGGGUGUGGAUCACCAAGACUAAAACCAAAGUCCAAUAAAUCUUCCUUAAACAACUUUUCUCCAACAACUGUUUCUCAUCAAACAUCUUCUCGCAUUGUUCAAUCCAUUUUAUCAUCAGUUUUACAAUUAGCUUCAAAUACGAACUCGACCGUAGAAUUCACGAAACGUGAAUUCAUGAAUUCAAAAAUUGAACAAACAAAUAAAAAAUCUUUAUUAUCCGAAAUGUUGAAGAAAAAUGUUGAUGCAAAGGAUAUCCAUCAAGCUUUACAUGGAAAACCCAUAAUGAUAAAAAAACCUUGUGAUCUUACCAUCGAAACUAAUGUAACCACUACAAAGCGUGAACUUGGUUCUUCAACUGAUACGUCUACAACGAGUAAUGAAACAAAAAAAGUCUUAAAGUUUGGUAAUUGCCCGUUAGUAGUUCGUGAAAGAUCGACAAAUUUGAAUAAUGAUUCUUCAAAACCUGAUGUAUCUACUGCUGAACCUUCGAAAACCAUACACAAACCUCAUCUUUCUCCAGUGCCUAUAACGUCUCCACAAGAUGAUGACGAUGAUGAUGAGUUUGAUUUUGAAUGUGAUAUGUGUGAUGGUUCAGAUAGUGAUGACGGUUACGUUGAAGAUGAUGAGGAGGAUGAAGAGGAUGAGGAUGAUGAUGAUAUUUCAGAAUAUGAUGAAAAUAAUGAUGAAUAUGACGAAAAUAUUAAUGAUGUAGAAAAUGUUGUAGAAAAUGUUGAUUAUCAUUCUCAACGCACCGAAGAAACUGUGACUCAAA